AGACGACGAGACGCUUCAGUUUGUCUGGAAGUCCGAGAGAAGAUUUAACGACGAAACCGAGCCCAGGCAACGCUCGAGUGGAGGCCACGUGUUUGGAGACAGACCGGGACCAGAACCAGGACCAGAACCAGGAGAUGGACCAGAACCAGGAGAUGAACCAGAACCAGGACCAGGAGAUGGACCAGAACCAGGACCAGGACCAGGAGAUGAACCAGAACCAGGACCAGGAGAUGAACCAGAACCAGGACCAGGACCAGGACCAGAACCAGGACCAGGACCAGGACUCCUCAUCCAGCAGGACUAAAGCUGCUGGUCUGCAGAAACGUAAAGGCAAAGAGAAGCCCACAGGUUACCCGUGUGAUCAGUGUGAGAAAGUCCUCACCACUUCAUCAUCCUUGAAGAGCCAUAAGAGGAUUCACACUGGAGAGAAGCCGUACAAAUGUGAUCAAUGUGGGGCAGCUUUUACUGAAUCGGGUACUUUAAUAGGUCACCAACGUAUUCACACUGGAGAGAAGCCGUACAAAUGUGACCAAUGUGGGGCAGCUUUUACUGAAUCAGGUACUUUAAGAAGUCACCAAUGUAUUCACACUGGAGAGAAGCCAUACAGAUGUGAUCAGUGUGGGGCAGCUUUUACCACAUCAGGUACUUUAAGAAGUCACCAACGUAUUCACACUGGAGAGAAGCCGUACAAAUGUGAUCAGUGUGGGGCAGCUUUUACUAAUUUGGGUACUUUAAGAAGUCACCAACGUGUUCACAGUGGAGAGAAGCCGUACAGAUGUGAUCAGUGUGGGGCAGCUUUUACUGAAUCGGGUCAUUUAAGAAGUCACCAACGCAUUCACAGUGGAGAGAAGCCUUACAGAUGUGAUCAGUGUGGGGCAGCUUUUACUGAAUCGUGUAAUUUAAGAAGUCACCAACGUGUUCACACUGGAGAGAAGCCGUACAAAUGUGAUCAGUGUGGGGUAGCUUUUACCACAUCAGGUAACUUAAGACGUCACCAACGUGUUCACACUGGAGAGAAGCUGUACAGAUGUGAUCAGUGUGGGGCAGCUUUUAUUGAAUCGGUUGCUUUAACGAGGCACCAACGUGUUCACAGUGGAGAGAAGCCGUACAGAUGUGAUCAGUGUGGGGCAGCUUUUACCACAUCAGGUAAUUUAAGAAGUCACCAACGUAUUCACACUGGAGACAAGCCGUACAGAUGUGAUCAGUGUGGGGCAGCUUUUACUCAAUUGGGUACUUUAAGAAGUCACCAACGUGUUCACAGUGGGGAGAAGCUGUACAGAUGUGAUCAGUGUGGGGCAGCUUUUACUAAAUUGGGUAAUUUAAGACGUCACCAACGUGUUCACAGUGGGGAGAAGCCGUACAGAUGUGAUCAGUGUGGGGCAGCUUUUACUCAAUUGGGUAAUUUAAGAAGUCACCAACGUGUUCACAGUGGGGAGAAGCCGUACAGAUGUGAUCAGUGUGGGGCCGCUUUUACUGAAUCGUGUCAUUUAAGAAGUCACCAACUUGUUCACAGUGGGGAGAAGCCGUACAGGUGUGAUCAGUGUGGGGCAGCUUUUACUCAAUCAGGGGCUUUAACGAAUCACCAACGUGUUCAUACUGGAGAGAAGCCGUACAGAUGUGAUCAGUGUGGGGCAGCUUUUACUCAAUCAGGUGCUUUAACGAAGCACCAACGUGUUCACAACGGAGAGAAGCCGUACAUGUGAUCAGUGUGGGGCAGCUUUUUAGUUUAAGAAGUCACAAUUGUAUUCAUAUUGUGUAAAAUGUGUGUAUGAGUUUGUGGCAGCUUUUUCUAGAAGUGUUCAUUAAAAUGGCACAGACAUGUUAGAAAAAAAACAGUGAUAGAAAUGUGUUUAAUCUGUUAUUCUGAGAGAAAGAAAUCUGAAGGUAUAAUUCUAAUAAGUUCAGUUUUAUGUUAGCUUUUUGAAAAUGGUUCUGCUUCUCUUGGCAAAUUAGUAACUUUUUUGUACUAUUUGUAUAUUAUAAAAUACAUUUUUUCACCAGUUUUGUCAUUGUUAAUGGAGAUAUAGAGAGAAAUAAAGUUAUUUGGUUCCGACGAAAUGAGGGCCUUUUUGCCCCCCUAAACGUGCCCCAAAAGUCACCAAAUUUUGAACGCAAGCCAGGCCUGUCGAAACAUUUGAUAUUUCAUGGUUUGCAUUAAUGGGUGUGGCCUAAUGGCUCAACAGCGCCCCCUAGAAAACUUCGUGCCUCAAGCCCCACAAUACGGUUUGACGUAUAUGCACGAAAAUCGGUACACACCUGUAUCAUGUCGCAACUUAAAGAAAAGUCUCUUGGCUAUUGGUGAAAAUUGCACGCGCGAGGGCCCUUUCAUCGCUGCUUGCAGCUUUAGUUAUUUCUUAUUUUAAAUACUUAUUUUUUAAUUAUUUUAUUAUGUACUUUUGUAUUAACUUUUUUUUUUAAUUUUGUUAAGUUUAUUUCAAUGUUUUUACUUUUUCAUAUGUUAACUCCAGUGCUUUUUCCUCAUGAGGAUCUUCCACACCAGGUACUAUGCCUACUUGGCCUGUGGGGUUCUAUCCACAGUGUGUAGAUCUAGUUGAUGUGUUCAUAGGCCUAACAAGUCUAUGAGACGGCUACAGCUAAUUCCGAAUGCAUGCUGCCCGGGUGCUCACCAGAAAUAAAAAAGUGGACCACAUCACUACGUGUCCAGAUCUUUACACGGGCUCCCUGUACCUCAGAGAAUAGACUUUAAAAUAAAACAAAUUUGUUUACAGCUGAAUUAUUUAAACAGAAGUUUUUCUUUGAGGUUCUGUUGCAGAGCUUUCUGGCAUUUUAUAGUUGCUGUGAGCGCUUCGGUCAUUUCCACGGCCAAGUCC